GCCAUCCCCAGACGAUUUUGUUCCUGUCCGUUUGACGUUGUUGAUAAAGUUUGAAUUUGAACCACUGUGUUGCUGAAAUCAUGGCGGCGGAUCAAACUGUGAGCCGAGCCCCCCCUGCACUGUCUGCCAAAGUGGUCGGGUCAUUUGCAUAUUUGACAAUAAGAGACAGAUUGCCCACCAUCCUGACUAAAGUCAUAGACACAAUACAUCGCAACAAAAACAAGUUUUUUGAAGAAUAUGGGGAGGAGGGUAUCAAGGCAGAGAAACAAACAAUAUCUCUUCUGUCUAAGCUGAGGAAUGAGCUGCAAACCGAUAAGCCAGUGCUCGAACUGACGGACGGCCUGCAAGACACGGAGUCCUGGAACCAGUACCUGCAGAGACACCAGAUGCUGCACGAGGACCAGGACUCCGUCAGCUGGUUCAAGUCUCCGUGGCUCUAUGUGGAGUGCUACAUGUACCGUAGGAUACAAGAGGCCCUCUGGCUCAACCCACCAAUCAGUGACUACGAUUACUUUAACGAGGGAAAGACUCAAGGCUAUUUUGAGUCGACGCAGGCAGUGAUAGCCUUAUGUACAUACUUGGAGGGCGUCAAAAAGAACAUUGAGGAGCUUUCAAAGACUCAGCUGUUUGAGCAUUUCUACAAACUGCUUCAGGUUUCUCUGUGGGGGAAUAAAUGUGAUCUGUCCAUUUCUGCUGGCCAAGAGAACUCCCAGAAGAUCAGCCCAAUAGAUUCCCUCAACAGCCUACAACCCUUCAUCUUGGUGGAUGACUCCAACAUGGUAUGGUCAACCCUCAUGUCUGCCCAGAGGCCUGGGCAGUCUGGGAAAACUGCCGCAGACAGAGUGGACAUUGUACUUGACAAUGCUGGCUUUGAGCUAGUCACCGACUUGGUCUUGGCUGAUUUCCUGGUUUCCUCUGGCCUGGUACGUCAGAUCCAUUUUCACGGCAAAUCCAUCCCAUGGUUCGUCUCUGACGUCACAGCUAACGACUUCCAGUGGACCAUCCGACAGACCAUGGCGGCCAACCACAAGUGGAUGUCCAAGAGUGGUUUCCACUGGCAGAGCUAUCUGAAAGAAGGCGUGUGGCUCUAUCAUGACCAUCCUUUCUGGACACAGCCCCAUGAGUUCUGCGACAUGGCUGCUGAUGCUCCUGAGCUGUAUGCCACCCUGCAGAGGGCAGACCUGCUGCUGUUUAAAGGUGACCUCAACUACAGGAAGCUGACGGGGGACAGAGAGUGGGACCACACUGUGGGCUUUGACACUGCACUGCGAGGGUUUGGGCCUGCACCACUGUGUAGUCUGAGAACUCUCAAGGCCAACGUUCAGGUCGGUCUGCAGCCGGGCCAAGGGGAGAAGCUCACCUCCCAAGACCCAAGCUGGAUGACGAAUGGCAAGUACGCUGUGAUUCAGUUCAGCAACCCAAAGACGGAAUAGUCGGACGGACCUCAGGAUGCCCCUGGAAAGACGUGCACUUAAAAGAAGUACCAGAAGCAGGAAUAACAUUCAAGCCAUAAGACUAUUUAGUUACAAAAGACUGUGGUGUCUUUGUUCCUCACUAUCACCACUUCAUCAAUUUUGAUACUGAAAUGCAGAGUCGUGUUUAAUAAUUAUUUUCACAAUCGAUCAAUAUCAUCUCAUAUUUAAAACAUUAGCACAUUCAGAUCGAAAUGUUAAAUUAUGAUUUGAACCAAGCAGCCGACCUCAACACUCAGAGCUAACAUAUCAAGAGUCGCUUAACACAUUGUGCACCCUGGAUUACUUCCUAAUGUUUACUGGUUGACGUAGAUGCUUAACAAUUACUGAAAUAAAAUGUAUUAAGAAUUAGGCUUUAUAAAUCCCCAUCCUUCUGGAACAGCACUUCACAAUCUAGCAUGGGAGAGGGAUGAUAAAGGUAAUUUAAGGUUCUUUUUAUCUUUUUAGUUCAGCUUGGGUUGUUUAACUGUGUCAAUUGUGUCACUUGCCGUGUGCACGAAAACAAGCCGACACCCAUUUAAACUCACUGGAUCGUUUUAUGACCGUUUUUCUCAGUUUGAUACGCGGUUACUUUGGGCAGCUUAGCAGCAGAAGUGACGACGUGCUUGUUGUGUUUAAAAUGACAGCCACUGUAUCUGCAUUGAUAAAAGCCGAUGUCUUUGUGAACACCAUUUUGUCAUGCGAGUCCUUGCUGCCACCGUUCAGAAGCGAUGUUUUCUGGAUUCCUCUCACUGCUGCUGCAGAACCGAUACUUUCAUUAUUGAUCAAUCGAUGUAACUCAAUAAAUAACUGCAAUGUU